UCAUCGCGAGAAUACCGGCACAAGUACUUCACCCUGGGAUGUUCUCGCGAGAUCUCCUCUGCGUCUCUCCGUGUCCAAGAUCGGCUGGUGUCAUCUCGAAAGUUUUCGAUCUUGUACCUUACUGGGUCGUUCAACACAAACAGAUUCACGGAUUUCUGGAUUGUGAUUGCACAGCAUUGAAUCAUGGGGAAUAUUUUUGGCAAUCUGCUGAAGAGCCUGAUAGGGAAGAAGGAGAUGAGGAUCCUGAUGGUUGGAUUAGAUGCUGCUGGUAAAACCACGAUCCUGUACAAACUGAAGCUGGGAGAGAUCGUAACCACCAUCCCAACUAUUGGCUUUAAUGUGGAGACGGUGGAGUAUAAGAACAUCAGCUUCACUGUGUGGGACGUGGGUGGUCAAGAUAAGAUCAGACCGCUUUGGAGACACUACUUUCAAAAUACACAGGGACUCAUCUUCGUCGUUGACAGUAAUGAUCGAGAAAGGGUUAAUGAAGCUCGGGAGGAGUUGAUGAGGAUGCUUGCCGAGGACGAACUGCGUGAUGCCGUACUUCUUGUUUUUGCUAACAAACAGGAUCUGCCAAACGCUAUGAAUGCAGCUGAGAUCACAGAUAAACUCGGCCUCCACUCGCUCCGUCAUCGCAACUGGUAUAUACAAGCCACCUGUGCGACCAGCGGCGACGGUCUGUAUGAAGGCCUCGACUGGCUCGCCAAUCAGCUCAAGAAUAAAAAGUGAGAGGGCGGGAUUUUCAUUAUGGGGCGUCUCUCACUUUGGGAAUGGGGUGGGACUAAUUUGGCCUUUGGAUAUGUUUGUUUGGUUUUUGUUUUUUUACAUUUGUUGUUUUAGCAAAUUUGUGUUUUGGUUUGUAAAGCCUUUUAUGUUCUGUGUAAAUGAGCACGUCAUUUGUAUGUAUACACACACUGUUACACAAACACACACACUCAAGCAGUCAAAGAUCAAUGUGCGUCUUAUUUCCUCUGUUGACUUUUCCGUUUUUACAGUAAGCCUGUCAGUACAUUGUCUUCAACAGUGUUGUUUUUGAAAGAGAUGUUUUUUUGUUUUAGAUUGACCGUCCUCGUGUAUUAUGUAAAAUGCUCAAAUAUUUCUCCAUAUCUGUAGAUGUAAUUACGAUGCAGUUUGCCUCCUCAUGCACACACAGUAUUUCACAAUCUUUAGAUGCGGUCUGUGAUUGUAGUGCAUGGCUCCUGUCGCUCAGUGUUGUGAUGCAGUAGGAAGUAGAAAUGCAUGCGCGUGUUUAAACAGACAGAGAUGAUCGGUGUUGCAUGCAUGCCGCUAUGUGGCUGCGACGUAAUAUAUCGAAUGCUUUUAUUGGACAUCGUAGAAAGAACAUAGAGUCUUGAGCUUGUCCCGCAUCUGUGUUUGUGCUAAUACCCUUAUGUAGUGUUGUUGUCUGUUCAGUGUAUCUGUAAAUAAAGCUUUUUUAGUUUUGUAUUUGACUUGGCUAACUGUUGCAUGGGCGAAAGUGUUUUGUCCCUAGGAAUUGCAUCCAUAUCGUCUGCAUGGCGUGCAUGCUGUGCAAGAAGUCCCAUAGAUGGAUUAGUAGGCAGUUAUAUAUUGUAGAUAGAUAGAUGGAUGGAUGGAUGGAUGGAUGGAUGGAUAGAUAGAUAGAUAGAUAGAUAGAUAGAUAGAUAGAUAGAUAGAUAGAUAGAUAGAUAGAUAGAUAGAUAGAUAGAUAGAUAGAUAGAUAGAUAGAUAGAUAGAUAGAUAGAUAGAUAGAUAGAUAGAUAGAUAGAUAGAUAGAUAGGAUUAUUAGAUUAUUGCACUAAACUGUUGAUUGUAUUGUUGCUUUCAAUCAUAUAAACAAACGAACAGCACAAACACGUGUAAACAAAUCCCAGGUAUGUCAGUGGUUUAAGGCAAACUGCUUCAUAAUUCAUCUGUUUCUGUGUGCUCUUGUUUUACGUAAAAUCUCAAUUUAAAAACCUAAUGAAUGUGAAUUUUGUCAUUUUGACUUUAUUUGUGUUGUUUUUCAGUCCAGACGAUUAUAUUAAUGAUAUAUUUAUGCUAUUUGUUUAUUUAAUGUUUGAUAUACGCUUCAGAUGAAACGUCUGAUGUAUUAUUUGUAUUAACAACACACAAACUAUAUAACAGACUAAUAUACGUCAUAAAUGAGCAAGUGAUAAAGCAUUUGUUGUACCAAAUGUGUGUGUAAAUACUAAGAGCGUGUUUCUACUUGUAUUAAUUUGGUUUGUGGGUUCUUGCAUUGCUUUGCAUUUAGUUUUCAAGCUAACAAUACGUGCAUGAUAUGUACGUGACAUUGCAGAUCAGUUUGUAAGUUUAGUUCUGUCAAGUGUGAAUUAGACAGGUUAGAAAAACAAUUAUACUAUGGGGCUGUUGAAUGCUUUGUUCUGAUUGGUUGAGAUGGGUGUUGAUUAUUUUUCUGUAAAACAUACACCUGACCUGACCUGUCAAAUGUCUUAAAAUUACCACCAGAGCAAUGUUUGUGGAAACUGUGGUAUAAAUGGAAUAAUUGACUCGGGUCCUUUGAAUGAUUUGAAAAUAAUGCACACGCAUGUUGUAACGCUUCGCGUCGUCAAAUAAUUUUACGGCCAGUCGUCAAUUAUUUCUUACUUACCGUAUACACUUAAUCAUUAAUUAUUUAGUUUUGCUGUGGCUUAACUUACCAUGCAGUUUAUCUACCAAUAAGAGUGACGCAUGACAGUUUAGCGUCUAAUCCAAACAAGGUCAUUUAUACAGAAACUUUCACAGUGUGAAUUGUCCAGUCUGUUAAGUUUUGUGGCCUUAUCUUACAAAUGUACAUUUUGUCACGGUUAUUUAUUAACUAAGUUAUUGAGUCAAUGAGUUACCUAGUUUUUAGUAAAUCCAAGAUCAAAAGGGGUUACAAGCUCAAAUACAUGACUUUUGUUGAUUUUUAGGGGAGAAAUAUAUUUAUUGUUUGCUUUAAAUAGUUUGUGUGAUUAAAGAUGGUUUACAGAUAUGGUAUUUUUUUUUGCUUCUAUAUUAUAUUUUUAUUUAUUUAUUUAUUUUAGUGACUGUUUUGAUGAAUAUACUUUUGUGUGUAUAUGCUUUUCCUUGUUGUUUUUUAUCUUUUGGGUGAAUCAUUAUACAGUGUCUGUGAACAUAAUUAAUGAAGGGAUAACAAUGAUCAAUUUCUUGUUGAAUUAUGAAUUAAAUUAAUAGAAGUCUUAGAAAUCAUGAAUGAAGUGCGUAACUAUCUGUUACAGUAGAUAAAGAAAGAUUAUUGUUGAUUAUUAUACUGUAGACACCAAAAUCUUUCUCUCCAUACAAUUCUUUAACUGUAACACUACACUACAAUAAAAAAUAUGAAAAUGA